AUGAAACCUGUGGCGGAGAGAUAUCUCCAGACACUUGAGAAGAACAAUUUGGCACAGGAAAAUGGCAGUACGAGCCCCAAGCCACACUCUCCCGCCAAGUCGACGAGCCGUCCCCCCGCGGACCAGAUCCGCAUCUCGCCAAUUCGAACCACUCCGCGCAAAUCUGUCGCUCCAAUGAGAGUCAUAACCCCAGUACGAGCCACGGGCUCGCCUAAUCGCACUACGGCUGGCAGCGAUCUGCGUGCAAAUGCCAGCCCGGCCCGCUACGGGUCGCCCAAGGCCUCGCCGUCUCGCAGCCCAUUCCGAGGCACCAUCAAGGGAAUUGAGCAGGUGUACGACGCUGAAGAGUUGCCCGGUUUGCACAGAAAGAAACUGCAGCAUGACGAGGAUAAAAGCGAGGUUGCAGUGUGGGACCGGGAGCGUAAAAACCUCCAGGCCUACGAGUACUUGUGUCAUGUUGAGGAAGCAAAGGAGUGGAUGGAAGGUGUGCUGGGCGAGACGCUGCCUGACGCCAUCGAUCUGCCCGAAAAGCUUGUCGAUGGUGUUAUUCUUGCCAAGAUCACUCGCCAUUUCCGUCCUGAUCUUGUGAAGCGGAUUUUCGAGCAUAAACGUUUGCAGUACCGUCACAUUGACAAUAUUGAUUGCUUUUUCAAAUUCAUCGCCGACGUCAGGGUGCCCGAUCUCUUCACUUUCGAGCUUAUUGAUCUUUACGAACGCAGGAAUAUUCCCAAAGUUAUCUACUGUAUCCACGCUCUGUCUCACAUCCUAGCCAACGACGACCUCGCGCCGCAAAUUGGUAACCUUCUCGGUAAAGUUGAUUUUACCGACGAUCAAUUGAGCUUCACCCAGCGUGGCCUUGAUGCUUCGGGCUUAUCGAUGCCCAACUUCGCCACUUUCCGAGACGACAAGGAGCGCAAGGUAUCUUUGAAGCUUGAGCCGCCUCGCGUCAAAACCCCACCUCCUCCCGCGGAGCCCAGUGCAGACGAGCUGGCUCUUGAUGUCGCAGCUGUACAUCUGACUGCCGAAGAAAUUUUGUUGAUGGAGCUCGAAGCGCUCGAGCCUGAGAUCACCGCCGUGCAGGCCCAAUGCCGACGCAAACUGUAUGAGAACCGAUCCAUGGUCCUGCAAAACAAGAUGGACCAUCACGUUCACACUUAUGUGUAUCUUCAAGCUGCCUGCAGAGGAUACCUUGCCCGAACAGCGUCGCCGGCGACCCAAUUCGUGGCCCAGAGAAAGAGCAGGUCUCUCGAGUGCCUUCAGGCAGUGGUCCGCGGUCAGCAGCUUCGUAUGUCUAUCCUGUCGAUUGACGAGUAUAUGGCAUCAAACAAGGCUUUGAUUUCUAAUUUGCAAGCCGCUGCCCGUGCCUUUGUUGCUCGCCGCAGGUUUUCCACCUCGCGAGCGGCCCUCCACAACGAUGGCGAUGGAGUUACAUCCUUGCAAUCGGUUAUCCGGGCAAACCAGCUCCGUGAAAAGAUUUCUGAACAAAAGGCUGAGCUUGAGAAAAAUCAAAAGGCUAUUACUGCUGUUCAAUCGCAUUUCCGUGGCGUUCUCUCUCGUUUCCGCAUGGGAUGCUUAUUUGAUGAUCUUGACCAGGAAAUUGUCGGUAUCGUUGGCAUGCAGGCUUGCGUGCGUGGAUAUCUGGCUCGCAACUCGCUGGUUGUCAGAACAUCCAACUGGGACGCUCAUAGUGACAAGAUCAAGACGAUUCAAAAUCUAUGGCGAGCCCGCCGGUUAGCCAAAGCAUACCAGUCGCUAAUUGCUGAUCCCAAUCCUGGAUUUAAUACCAUCAAGCAGUUUGUUCAUCUGUUGAACGAUAGCGAUGCAGACUAUCACGAGGAAAUGGAGCUUGAGCGCUCUCGCAAAGAGGUUGCAGAUAGUGUCCAGGCCAAUGAGAAACUUGAGCGUUACAUUGACAAGCUUGACACCAAGAUUGCUUUGCUUCUGAGGAACAAGAUCUCACUAGAGGAGGCAGUUUCUCAAAUGCCCACCAAGCCUCCUUCAGAGCUUGACAGUGUACUUCGCUCUUCUCACGGCAGCUCAGGUGGAAAGCUGAGCGACGAUGUGUUUGACCUCAAGGCUCUCAACAAGACUUCACGACAGCGCCUGGAACUGUAUCAGGGUAUGUUUUAUGUUCUCCAAACAAAGCACGAGUAUUUGGCUCGCUUGAUGAGUACCAACCAAAUGGCUAAUGUACCUGAACGGGAAACCAAGCAGAUCGCCGAUUGGAUUCUUCAACUUUUUGCCAACGCCUACAAACCCAGGGAAGAGUUCUUUUUGUUACAGAUGCUUUCGUGCUCCCUAAGGCUUGAAAUGGAUUCGACGGGGUCUCUUCACGAGUUCAUAAGAGGCCCGAGCAUGGCAUGGCGACUAUUCGAAACGCUAAACAGACGCAAAGCUAGUUACGCUGCUGCUCGAACAGUUUUGACAGGUGCUGUCACAACUACAUUGUCAGUUACAGACCUGAAUGUGGAGAGCGAUCCAUUAGUGAUCUACAGAAGCUUUGUAGCUGCGGACGAAGCGCAAGGGAUCUACAAUCGGGAUCCGAAUGCAACAAUUGACGUUGCUAUUCAGGACCCCCAGACAAGAUCUCAGUUUGUCAAGAAUUUACAGCAACUGCGUGAGCUUUCGUAUACUUUCAUCGAAGCCUUGGAUGCCAACGUGGAUGCCUUGCCAUACUAUGUGCGCCACUUGGCUCGGGAAGUGGCCCUGCACGGUGCUCGUAAGGUAGCAGCCGGGGGUAUGAAUUUGAAUCAAACUGCUUGGUUGACUCUGGUAGGCAAGAUUGUGUUCAACCACUUUUUGAUCCCAUCCAUGCUGGCCGCCGAUAGCACGGGAAUUGUUGAUCAAGCCCUGGACAUGCGACAAGCGACAAGUCUCGGUGCCAUUGCCAAGAUUCUUGUGCAGUGUGCAUCUUUCCAGCCGUUCCGGAGCGAUGAACAAUAUCUACAGCCGUUGAAUGAGUUCGUCUCCCAAAGCGGGGAGCGCUUGCAACAAAUCUUCAAGCGGGUGAUUGAUAUCAAGGACAUUCAAACGCAGUUCUGUAUGACGAAUCUGGACGAUGUGACAUCCCAUUUGAGGCCCCAGCUCACCAUGAAAACCAGCGACGUUUUGGCCUUGCACUCACUUAUUUUCCAAAAAUUGGAUGCAAUCACUGAUAGCAAUGAUUCGGUGCUUCGUCCCGUCGUCAAGCAGCUCGGCCCCCUCCCCAGCGAUGCCAGAGACAUUCUUGAUAUCGCUAGAUUCACUACCGUGAAGCUCGACCUUAACCCCAGCUACGGCUCAUCGGCUGUCACCAAUGGAGCAAGUGCCGGCCAGUUUACUACAGCUAAACGCUGCUUGAUUUCUGUACUCAUGGUCCAGCCAGGCAACGAUCUUAUGAGCAUUUUGGUGGCUCCGGUUACCGAGCAGGAUGAAGACAACUACGGCGAGUUCCGGUCCCAGGUACACGACAGCGAGCUGGGCGAGUUGACUUUCCGCGAGCUUAAAUUGCUAACGCUGGAGAAGAUCUUGGAUUUGGAGAGCAGUGGACGCAUUUCCCGUGAAAAUGGAUACCAAGAGUUGCUGAAUAGUCUGGCGGAUGAUAUUCGAAACAAACACGAGCGUCGCAAUUCACGGUCGCGGGAAUUGGCUCUUUGCUCUGCCACGCUUGUCAGUUUGAACGAUAAGAACAAAUACCUCAAGAAGCGGUUAGGAGCAUACGAGGGUUACAUUGAGGACACUAUGCAGACGCUCCAGGAGAACAAUCAGAACAAGAAAAAGAAAAAGAAGACACCGCUGCUGUUGAAGUUUCUUCAAGAGCUGGGAAUAAGCCGGUCAAAGGUCACUAAUGCUCGGUUUGGCGCCUACAAAUAUAGUGCCGACAAGAUUCGUGAUCGGGGUAUUCUCGUGCACCUCAAGGGAUACAGUGAGCGCCAGAUGCGGGACGUCAAUUUCACAUUCAAGUCUGAGGAGGCCUCCAAGUUCAUUGUGCAGGUCGCAUACAAAGGUAUCCAGCUACCGGGGGGCCAGGCGACCCUCACGUUAGACGACCUGCUCAAUCGCCAGUACAGCAGUCAAGCGUACGUUGACCUAUUUGACGAUGUUGUGCGUCUGCACACGGACCGCCUGUUACAUUUUAUCUUCCACAAGUUCUACGGAGCUGAAUGA